GAAAGUUCAAAUAGCAAAUAAAAGCGGCUGUUGGGGGCCGUCUGCCCCUUGCAUGCCAUGCCAUGACUUGACUUGACUUUCCCCUCGACUUCACUGCUCCUCCCCCGGUUUCUGAGACGCAGGCAGCCACGAUGCCGAUUGUCACUCUUCCGAAUGAGAUUCUGGACACUGUAUGGGGCUUCCUCAGUCUCCAGGACUGGUGUGCUCUCCGCCUGUCAUGUCGAACCCUGUACUCCCGGUCGCUGGCGACCUUUGUGAGUCGACAUGUCCAGCGCAUCAGCGUCCUCAUGACCCGCGACGGACUGCGAGAGCUGCAGGCCAUCGCCGCCCAUGAGACCUUUCGGACCUCCGUGCAGGAACUGUGGCUGGUGGCUGAGGUCUUUCGCGGUCACUACGAGACCGACUACAAUGACUUUGUGCAAGCCCAGCUGAUGACGGCGGGGGGCGUGAAUCACCGCACAGAGAACACGCGAUGGACCGCCGAAAGCCUGAUCGCCGACUACGAGUCCUACCAGACGGCGGUGGCCGAUCACCUGCAACUGAUCCAGGCCGACUCUCUCCCGCAGAUCCUCGCCAGCUGCAUGAAACAAUUCCCCCACCUCUCCACCGUCGGCCUGGAAACCUACCCUCCCACCGCCGCGGGAUACAAACACCCGCCGUGUCUCGGCCGCAACGCCCUCCGCCGCCAGCUCAACCACCAUCCCUUCAGCCACCCCCAGAUCGCCUCCCACUGGCAGAGAAGCCCCGACUACCUCUGGGGGGAAGAAACCCGCAGCCUACGCGCGCCCGUCUUCUCUGCCCUCCUCCAAGCCAUCCCCACCGCCACCAUCCAGAUUCAACAACUGCGCACCUGCAGCGAGGGCGAACACUGCGGCAUCCCCCCGGAACAACUCACCCUGACCGACACCCACUACGAGAUCCUGCAGCCGCAUCUCCAGAGCCUGCAAACCCUCGACCUCUGCCUCCAAUACACCCACCACCCGUCCCCGGUUGCGCCAAGCGAAUCCUCCCCCUUGCUGCGCCUCCUCCUCGCCGCCGCACCCACCCUCACCACCCUCAAAGUCUCCCAAUGGAGCACCAAGGACGAACUCCCCGCCGACCACUUCACCACCCUCGCGCACCACAUCCACUUCACUCGCCUGACCAGCCUCUCCCUCCACUGGAUCGAAGUCACCCAACCCAGCGUCCGCGCCUUCCUCCGCACCGCCGCCCCCACCAUCCAGACCCUCUCGCUCGUCAGCGUCAGCCUCAUCGACCGCAUCGACCGCCCUACCCGCUCCCCCCCCUUCUACGACGCCGUCAGCGACCUCUGGCGCCGCCUCUGCGACGCCAUCCGGGACGACCUCCCGGGUCUCCGCUCGCUCGAGAUGAAGGACCUCGCCUACCGCGGCCACGUCUUGGGGGUGGAGGAUCCCCUCCGCGCACAGAGCGGAACGCGCAGGACUCGAAGCGGGGGUGCGGCCGUGGCGGUCGGGUACGAUGCCACGCGCGCGCAGGUCGGCUUCGCGACCUGGCUCGAUCAGCUCCAGCUCGCCGAGCCCCGGUCGGCGCGGCUGGGCCAGCCCUUGCCCGGGCGGUUCAGUAGUAUGGCUGCGUGUUCGGAUCUGCUGCGGUUGUGGGGGUCGGGGUCGAAGAAGUGAGCAUGGGUCCUAUUUUAAUGGAUUGGUGGCUGUGGAAUCGGGUAUCGCAUUAUGGCGUUCUGGUGUUCUGGUGGGGUGGUCGACUAGGAUAAACAUAAUUGAGGGGCAGGAUUAAUUGGGUGGUUGAGUGCAUCCUGCGUGUACAGGACGUUUGUAAAUAGUGAUCGGCUGCAGCAGGAAGAUAAGCUUUGAAUUAGUUACAGUAUGCUCGGAGACAUUUUCUCUCGGCUGUGGGGAAAAGUCCUGUCAACAAAAUCCCCCCUUUUUUUAUUGGUCA